GCAGGAAAUAUUAAAUAAGCUGGCCAGAACCAAAGCGAAGCUGUCACUUAGGCUGAGAUUUAUUAACUCUGAAGAGGAGCAAAUUAAAGGUUUUGAUGGACCCAUCAAUCCCACCACUGUGAUUUUUCCAAAGGUUGAACCUUUGGGGAGCUGCAGUCGUUGCACUAACAGGUUUUUAAAGGUUAGGCAUUGGCGCUUCUGUCUGGAGCAGAUCUGCAGAGGAGUUGUUGUUUUUUUCCUUCUUCUUUCAUGCUUUAUUAUUUCCUGAUUCUGCAGUGGGAUGGGUCUGUUGAGAAAGAUUUUCAUUCCCUUUGUAGGAUUGGUUUUGGCCUUCUGUUUUUAUUCAGCAAGGGAGGAUUUUAAACCUGAGAUGCUGAAAGGGAAGCGAGUGAUUGUCACUGGAGCAAGCACUGGAAUUGGAGAGCAAAUGGCUUAUCACCUGGCGCGGAUGGGAGCCCAUAUUCUGAUCGCAGCACGGACGGAAGCCAAGCUUCAGAAAGUCAUCACACGGUGUCUGGAGCUGGGUGCAGCCUCCGCGCAGUAUGUGAGCGGCAGCAUGGAGGAUGAGGCCUUUGCCGAGCAUGUGGUGAAGGAGGCUGAGCUACUGCUGGGAGGCCUAGACAUGCUGAUCCUCAACCACGUUGGCAACUCAUACUUCAACUAUUUCGACGGAGACGUGGGGCACGUGCAGAAGCUUCUGAAGAUUAACUUUCUCAGCUACGUGGCCAUGACGGUUUCGGCGCUGCCCAGGCUGAAAGACAGCGGGGGCAGCAUCGUGGUGGUUUCAUCCAUGGCAGGUAAAGUUGGGUUUCCAUUUACUGCUCCCUACUCUGCAACGAAGUUUGCCCUAGAUGGGUUUUUCAGCUCCUUGCGGCAGGAAUUAAUCAUUCAGAAGGUGGAUGUUUCCAUCACGCUCUGUAUACUCGGCUUCGUUGAUACAGAAAGUGCCAUGAAAGCAGCUUCUGAUGUGGUUCUGGUGUCCCCUGCACCGAAGGAGGAGUGUGCGCUGGAAAUCAUCAAGGGGGGAGCCCUCCGCCAACGGGAAAUUUACUACAAAUACGCAGCUACCAAAAUCCCCCUCUUGAUCCGGGACUGGGCUCCAGAACUCCUGGAUUAUCUGAUCAGAAAAAGCUACAAUGUGGAGAACCUAAAGAAAAAUUAAUCAGUCUGAGUUCUCCAGUGCCUUUCCGCUCAUACCUGUCUCUGGGGUUACCUUAAUCAAGGCCUGGUGUGCUGUGGAGCUCCCUAGCCCAGGCUCCUUCUCACUUAGGGAAUGCAAUGCUGGGAUCCCUCAUCGUGUGACCCCGGGAUCAUGUGGCAUUUUACAGUCCUGAAAACCAAUGCAGCAUGCCUAGGGUUGCCAGAUGUCUGGUUUUCGACUGGAAGCCCGUCAAAAAGGGACCCUGGCGGCUCCAGUCAGCACCGCUGACCGGGCCGUUAAAAGUCCAGUAGGCACCGCAGCGGGGCUAAGACAGACUCCCUGCCUGCUGUGGCUCCGUGCGGCUCCCAGAGCCAGCAGCAUGUCCCCCCUCCGGCUCCUACGCAUAGGAGCAUCCAGGGGGUUCUGCACGCUGCCCCCGCUCCAAGCAACAGCUCUGUAGCUCCCAUUGGCCAGGAACAGCGGGCAAUGAGAGCUGUGGGGGCGGCGCCUGCGGAUGAGGCGGCGCACAGAGCUGCCUGGCCACGCCUCUGCGUAGGAGCUGGAGGGGGGACACACCACUGCUUCUGAGAGCUAUCUGAGGUAAGCGCUGCUCACAGCCUGCACCCCUGACCCCCUCCUGCGCCCUGGCCCAGACCUGAUCCGCUCCCACCCUCUGAACCCCUCGAUCCCAGCCUGGAGCACCCUCCUGUACCUCAAACCCCUCAUUGCCAGCCCCACCCCAAAGCCCGCACCCCCAGCCAGAGCCCGCAUCCCUCCCGCAUCCCAACCCCUUGCCCCAGUCUUGAGACUGCCCUGCCCUCCAAACCCCUUGGUCCUAGCCUGGAGCACCCUCCUGCACCCCAAACCUCUCAUCCCCAGCCCCACUCCAGAGUCUGCACCCACAGCAGAAGCCCUCACACACACCCCAGCCCAACCCCCUGCCCCAUCCCACAUCCUGAACCCCUCAUUUCUGGUCCCACUCCAGAACCCGCACCCUCAGCCCAGAUCCUGUACCCCCUCCCACACCCCAUCCCCAGCCCACAGCCCUCACCCAUACUCCGAACCCCUGGGCUCCACCCCCCAGCCUGGAGCCCUCACACCCCCCCGCACCCCUCAUUCCUCCCCCACACACCACCACCCCCUGCCUCAGCCCGGACUCCUCAUUUCUGGCCCCACCCCAGAGCCUGCACCCCCAGCCGGAGCCCUCACCCCCUCCUGCACCCCAACCCCCUGGGCCAGCCCAGGGAAAAUGAGUGAGUGAGGGUGGGGAAAGCGAGCGACGGGGGGGAGGGGGAAUAAAGUGAGCGGGGGCAAGGCCUAGGAUAAGUGGUGGGGCAGGAGCGGGGCCUUGGAGGAGGGGCAGGGCAGAGGUGGGACAAGGGUGUUCAGUUUUGUGCCAGUAGAAAGCUGGCAACCCUAAGCAUGCCACUCCUGUCAUUACCGGAUACAAACGCGUGCACUCCUGCUCCUGCAGCUGGGAGCACGGUGAAGUCAUGCUGGCCUUGAAAACCCAUGUUUUGAAAAGAUUUUUGAAUUCGGUGCCCUGGGAUUGCAUUUCCUACUCUUCCUUAGCUCGCAUUUCUCUGCAUUUGAACAGACUUAAGGACUAACUGACUUUGCCAGUAAAAUGCAAUGGCCAUUGCCUUUACCUCA